AUGGCCGGGGAGGCAGGAGGGGGGCGGCCCCGCGACUGGCUCUCGACAGACGAGACGGCGGCGGCCUUCCUCUCCCGCUCUCUCUCCACGCGCCCCCCCAUCCUCCUCCCGGCGCCGCUCCACCGCGCGCCGCUUCGCCCGGGCAACGUUGUUGAAAUCGCUGGCCCGUCCGGCUCCGGCAAGUCCCAGCUGCUCCUCAUGUCUGCAGUGCAGUGCAUACUACCAAAGGAGUGGGAAGGUGUCUAUUUCGGCGGCCUGGGGAAAACAGUCAUGUACAUUGACUUGGACUGCCGAUUUGAUGUGCUGCGGCUGGCUCAGAUCCUGAGGAAGCGCAUUGCGGCGGGCUGUGGUUCAGUGCAUCCAACAAAUGAAAAUUUUGAGACUGAUGGUUCAAAAGAUAAAUUUCAUUCGUUUGAAAGUACACUGUUUUCUGAUUGCAUGAAGCGUUUCCUGUGUGUCCGCUGUUACAAUAGUUCUGAACUUAUAGCUGCUUUGAAGAGUCUAAAAUCUCAAUCUGAAGCAAGGAACGAAAUGUUUGGUAUUGGUAUAUAUUUCCUUAUGUUAGACAGCAUUGGCGCAUUCUACUGGAUAGAUCGUGCUCUUCAACCUACUAGAGAGAGUAAAGGGAAAACUCUAUCAUUUCAGAGUAUCACCGAAACUGUUGUCCAGGAGAUACACAAGUUUUUGCAACUUCAACCUAUUUUGGUGUUGGUCACAAAGGCACCUAUUUAUGGUGAAGGAAUCACAACAUCCAACGACUUCCAAAGGGGUUCUUCAAAAUACAUGUCAGAGGAUUCAACAGCUUUGGGAUAUCCGAAACGGGAAGAAGAAAGAAAUGGUUCAUGUCGCGAAUACAUGCCAUCUGCAUGGCAGACAUUUGUUACGCACAGGAUAAAGUUGCAAGACUUAGCACAAGAAGCAGGGUUUUUCUCUGAGCAGGAAAAUGCAAUACUUUCUGUGCAUACUUGUGAGUGGGUGCAGCCUUCGCUGAACAUAAAAGAGAAGUUCUAUAUCAAGGAUGACGGUGUUGGCCUUAUACAGUGA